AUGGUACGGCCUUACUGCGAUUUUCAUAGCAGCGACCUGGCAGACAUUUCGGGUCCUGCGGUGGGCAUUUCAGCUGCUCUUACCUUUCGCUUUCUUUUGUCUAUAAGCGAGUUCGAAAUCAUUUUCGUUCUGAUAUAUGUCGCGGCAAACACAGUGUGUAUGAGUUUGAAUGUGAAGGAUCACGCUGAGGUCGCCGCUCGAAGUGGGACCCUAGCAACCAUCAACUUGGUUCCGCUCCUGGUGGGCACUCAGCUCAGCGAUGUAGCAGACUUUCUCGGCGUCGCCCUUCACGUACCUAAAAUCAUCCAUCGGUGGAUCAGCUGCAUGACUCUGCUGGAAGGCAGCAUCCACAUUGUGAUCAAUAUACGGGCAGCGAGAUUGAAAUGGAGUACACUCGAAAUAUGCGGCACCAUAGCCUUUGGGGCACUCACCACCGCCGCUGUCCUCUCGGUCUCAUGCAGCCGUCGAUAUUUCUACGAGAUGUUUUUAGGCCUGCAUGUCGGAACAACAGGUGUGGCGGCGAUCGCUUUAUGGCGUCAUCUCUCGGUUGGACAUUUCGAAGCUCGCUUUUACAUCCUAGGGGGGAUUGCCUUCUGGGGCUGCUGGCUCCUCGUUGGCUCCCUCAUCGAUUGCUAUUACAAUAUUAAUCUAGGUCAAGGGAACUUGCUGCCCAGGGCAAACAUUGUGACAGACUAUCGGACGGAGAAGGGUGACCAGGUGGUUAUGGCUGAUGCCUGUCACCUCGAAAUACUAGUGAACCGUGAUUGGGACGUGCAACCAGGUGAUUAUCUCUUUAUCUCUCUCCCAGGCCUUGGAUUUCCCUCCCUUUUUCAGCGUCAUCCGUUUUGGAUUACCUGGUGGGAAACGGAUAACGGGGUGAUGAAAUUGGAUAUGCUGGUCCGAAAACGAAGAGGAUUCACCCGGCGGUUGUUGUCGCACCGUGAACAGGAGUGUACUGCCUGGAUCAGUCGCCCGUUCGGUCGGUCCGAAAAUUUUGGAGACUACGGAUCUGUGCUAAUGUUCGCUGCCGACGUUGGCAUUACGGCACAUCUCCCUUACUUGAAAUGGCUUAUGAAGGGUCGCUUGGAGGCUUCUAUCCGGACAAGACGCGUGGUUAUUAUAUGGCAAGUCGAGGACUAUCACGACAAAUGGGUCAAGAAAUGGUUUGACAAAUUGCUGCCGAAUGACACGUCUUUUAUGUUGGAGAUACGUAUACACUGCCCUAAUAAUGGUCGCUACCAACCUGCGAGUGGUAGUGCUCAUCCGAUUGACCUAUUUCCGGGAGAUGUACUCGCUGCCGGCGAACAUGAUCUGGUCAAAUUGAUUGCUCGACCGGCCCAUUUCGAGCAGAUCCUGGGCGAGGAAAGGUUUGUGUUGACGGAAGGUCGAGAGCCACCCUAA